CCGGAAGUGGGUAGGCGCUGAAGCGAGCGCGCCCGGAGUGGAGCUCAGCGUCUGGGAGCCAGCGGGGGAGCCCUGGGUUCCCGACCAUGAAACCCUGGGGCACGCCCCUCUAGAAGCUGUUAUUCAAGACAAUCUAGUUUUCCUUUAUAAAUCUCUUUAGACACUUAUGAAGUUUCUUGUUCUGAAAUUGCUGUACUGCAAUGAAGAAAAGGAGAAAGGUUACUACAAAUCUUGAUGAGAAGAUCCAUCUAGGCUAUCAUAAAGAUUCUUCAGAAGGAAAUGUUGCAGUGGAGUGUGACCAAGUGAUCUAUCCUCAUUCAACAGAAAGACCAACUCCUGAGGCUCUUAGCUGUUACCAGGAUCUUCCACCCUCUCCAGAUCAGAGAAAGCUUUUGAGUUCUUUGCAGUACAAUAAGAAUUUGCUGAAAUAUUUAAAUGAUGAUCGGCAGAAACAACCAUCUUUCUGUGAUUUACUUAUCAUAGUAGAAGGAAAAGAAUUUAGUGCACAUAAGGUAGUUGUUGCUGUUGGCAGUAGUUAUUUUCAUGCGUGUUUGAGCAAAAAUCCAAGUACUGAUGUUGUCACCCUGGAUCACGUAACACAUUCAGUUUUUCAGCAUUUGCUUGAAUUUCUUUACACAUCAGAAUUUUUUGUGUACAAAUAUGAAAUACCUCUUGUUUUGGAGGCUGCCAAAUUUUUGGACAUUAUAGAUGCAGUGAAGCUGCUAAAUAAUGAAAAUGUUGCCACUUUUCAGUCAGAGCUAACUGAAAAGUCAUCACCAGAAGAAACACUAAAUGAAUUAACUGGAAGACUAUCAAAUAAUCAUCAGUGCAAAUUCUGUAGUAGACAUUUUUGUUAUAAAAAGUCUUUAGAGAAUCAUUUGGCUAAAACUCAUAGGUCCCUUUUGUUCGGGAAAAAACAUGGGUUAAAAAUGCUGGAGAGAAGUUUUUCUGCAAGAAGAUCAAAAAGGAAUCGGAAGUGCACUGUUAAGUUUGAUGACACUAGCGAUGAUGAACAGGAAAGUGGUGAUGGGUCAGACAAUUUGAAUCAACAUUUUGAUAAGGAAAAGUCAGAUAGAAAUGAUUCUGAAGAUCCUGGAAGUGAAUAUAAUGCUGAAGAAGAUGAGCUAGAGGAGGAAAUGUCAGAUGAAUACUCUGACAUUGAAGAACAAAGUGAAAAAGAACAUAAUGAUGCAGAAGAAGAACCUGAGGCUGGUGAUUCUGUAGGAAAUAUUCAUGAGGGUUUGACUCCAGUAGUCAUUCAGAACAGUAACAAAAAAAUAUUGCAAUGUCCUAAAUGUGAUAAAACAUUUGACCGCAUAGGGAAAUAUGAGAGCCACACCCGUGUUCACACAGGUGAGAAGCCCUUUGAGUGUGAUAUUUGUCAUCAGCGCUAUUCAACAAAGUCUAACCUAACUGUUCACAGAAAGAAGCACAGUAAUGAAACAGAAUUUCAUAAGAAGGAGCACAAGUGCCCUUAUUGUAAUAAACUUCAUGCAAGCAAGAAGACUUUAGCCAAGCAUGUUAAGAGAUUUCAUCCAGAAAAUGCACAAGAAUUUAUUUCCAUUAAGAAGACCAAGAGUGAAAGUUGGAAAUGUGAUAUUUGUAAGAAAUCUUUUACUCGAAGACCACACUUAGAGGAACAUAUGAUUCUACAUUCUCAAGAUAAACCUUUUAAGUGUACCUAUUGUGAGGAACAUUUCAAAUCACGGUUUGCACGGUUAAAGCAUCAAGAAAAGUUCCAUCUGGGUCCUUUUCCCUGUGAUAUAUGUGGUCGCCAGUUUAAUGACACUGGAAAUUUGAAACGCCAUAUAGAAUGUACUCAUGGUGGAAAGAGAAAAUGGACUUGCUUUAUCUGUGGAAAAUCAGUACGAGAAAGAACUACUUUGAAAGAACAUUUAAGAAUUCAUAGUGGAGAAAAGCCUCAUCUUUGUAGUAUUUGUGGACAAAGUUUUCGUCAUGGAAGUUCAUACAGACUUCACUUACGAGUACAUCAUGAUGAUAAAAGAUAUGAGUGUGAUGAAUGUGGAAAAACAUUUAUUCGUCAUGACCAUCUUACAAAGCACAAAAAAAUACAUUCAGGUGAAAAAGCUCAUCAAUGUGAAGAAUGUGGGAAAUGUUUUGGUCGUAGGGAUCAUCUCACUGUUCAUUACAAAAGUGUACACCUUGGAGAGAAAGUGUGGCAAAAAUAUAAAGCAACAUUUCAUCAGUGUGAUGUUUGUAAGAAAAUUUUUAAAGGCAAAUCAAGUCUGGAAAUGCAUUUUCGGACGCAUUCAGGUGAAAAACCAUACAAAUGUCAAAUUUGCAAUCAGUCUUUUAGAAUUAAGAAAACAUUAACAAAACACCUGGUUAUUCAUUCUGAUGCCCGACCUUUCAACUGUCAGCACUGUAAUGCAACAUUUAAGCGGAAGGACAAGCUGAAAUACCACAUUGACCAUGUUCAUGAGAUAAAAUCUCCUGAUGAUCCUCUUAGUACUUCUGAGGAAAAACUUGUGUCUUUGCCAGUAGAGUACUCAUCUGAUGAUAAAAUCUUUCAAACAGAAACAAAACAAUAUAUGGACCAGCCCAAAGUUUAUCAAUCAGAAGCCAAGACUAUGUUACAGAACGUGUCUACUGAAGUGUGUGUCCCAGUAACGUUGGUUCCAGUCCAGAUGCCUGACACUCCCAGUGAUCUGGUUCGUCACACUACCACACUCCCUCCGUCUUCUCAUGAGAUCUUGCCACCACAGCAACAGUCAACCGAUUAUCCACGGGCAGCUGAUUUAGCUUUUCUGGAAAAAUACACUCUCACUCCUCAGCCUGCAAACAUAGUUCAUCCAGUCCGGCCUGAGCACAUGCUGGACCCUAGAGAACAGUCCUACCUUGGAACAUUACUGGGCCUUGAUCACACUACUGGUGUCCAAAAUAUUCCCACCAGUGAGCAUCAUUCAUGAGUCAAUCUAAGCAUUCCACAGACUUUUUCAUGGUUACGUGCUAACGAUAGCCAAAAGCUAAUGGCUUUUAAAUUAGGAGGGCUGCUAUUUUUUCAUUUUCUCUAGUUUCUCAAGUCCUUAGAAUAAUUUUAAAUCAAGAAAACUAUGUAUUUCUGUUUACUGAAUAUAUGAAUAUUUGGAUACACUUUCUGACAUAAUAUUUGAAGUGAGCAUUUUUAUGAUUUUAAAAGGUUAUUUACUGCUAAUUUUUAAUGGAUUCUCAACCUUUUCAGAAUCAUUAGCUGCUGACAUUAUGUUUUUAUAUUUUUAAUUAUCAGUGGAUAUGUUUGUUCUUCUUUAGUCUCAUUCAUCUCUUUUCCCUUUCCCAUCUUACAAACAACAUUAAGGCCCAUAUACCCUUUAAGAAGGUGUUGUCAGAAUGUACUGAUGAUUGCACCUGUUCUUAUUCUAAUUUAAGAUUUUAUUAUUUUAUCUAGAUUUUUAAAAUCAAAAUUGGUAAUUUGAAUUUAUAAGAAAGUCUAGUGGGUGGCGCCUGUGGCUCAAGGAGUAGGGCGCCGGUCCCAUAUGCUGGAGGUGGCGGGUUCAAACCUAGCCCUGGCCAAAAAAAAAAAAAAAAGAAAGUCUAGUUAUUUCUACGUUAUCUUUCCACCUGUCCAUAAUUUUAGAUUAUCAUUAUUCUUUGGAUUUUUGAUAAAUUCAAAGCCAGAAAGAUAAGUAAUGUAAGUUUAUCUUGUUAAAUGUAGGAUUGAAAUAAUUAUAUAGAUAAUAAUUGGCCUAUAUUUCAGUCAUUAUGAGUAAGAAAGACAAAAGGUCUAAGGUAUUAAAUCAUAAAAUUUUGAAAUGUGUUAAAAGAAAACUAUGACAGUUUUAUCUAGACAUAUUUCAAGGUAAGUGUACCUCUAAUAGUUUGCCAUUUCUUUCAGAAACAUUAACAACAUUUCAUGACAUUUAUCUUCAUCUCACUAAGGAAGGGGUAAUUAAAACUAAUGAAAUUUGAUUAAACAAUUUUUGAUUUCUUUUACUUUGGCUAAUAGAAACUCUGGGAAAUAGAGCUUAGUGAGAUAAUUCAUGUAUAAUUGUUAGAAAAGGUGCCAAACAAAUUAUAAAAUGUGUGUCUAGUUUAACUUAAUGCUGUUGAAUUAAAUGGAACCACUACUUGUAUGCAGAUUUACAUGCACUCUAGAUGUGUACUUUUGCUUUAACAUAUGCCUAAUGGGAGUAAUUAUCCUUGAUUUAUAUUUUUGUACAAGACAAAAGUUGAACUGGGUGAAAAGAAAUAGCAGUUACAGCAAAACCUCAUUGAUUAAAAUUAAUUGAGGAAAACAGUCAGAAGAAUUAGAUACCUUUAAAGACAUGCACUUUCCAUAUAUUUUCAAGUCAAUUUUAACUUAUCUAAGAUGUUUCCUAGUAGAGUUGCUUGAGGAUUAGAUUAGGCAGGGUUGAUUUAUUAUUAGCAUGUCAUUUGUAUAUAGACUUGCUACUUAAAAUCAUUUUAAAAGUUUUCACUUUCAGUUUUGUUUACACUUCUUAUUGCUUAAAGCACUUUUUUUGUGUGUGUAUGUAAACUGUAAAGUCUGGCCUGGCCCUUGUGAAAAAAGAAUCACAAAUAAAAUAAUAAAGUUUUAGGUGAAUAAAAUUUGAGCAGUUAGUAAUGGGGGGAAACUAUUUGCUGAAGCACUUAAGAAAUGAAGGUACUUGACAGAAACAUUUGCCAUACUAGGCAAAGAUAAAAUAAAAUGAAAAAAUGUUGAGAAUUGAGGCAGUAAACCAAAGUAGCUCAUAUAAAUAAUAAAACCAACCUGAGUUUUGCCUCAUUUAUCAAGGUUUGGUUGUAAUUAUCUUAAAACCAAUAGACAUAAUUACUAUAUUGUUUUUUUUUUUAAGCAUUCUUAUUUACUUUGUGUAGAAAUGUUAUAUCUGGGGUACUUACAUGAUUGAGCUUGACUAUAUGAGGUACUGUUAGUCUGUUUAGUCUUUCAGAUUGACUUUUAAAAAUACAUAUCUUUAUGAUUUUUAUCAUAGACUGACAAGAUUAUGACUGAAAAUUUUACUGUCAUAAAAAGAAAUCAUAACUAAAAAUGUACCAUGCCUUAUAUAUGUUAAUGUAGAAAAGCCUGGACUUAAUAAAAGGGUGAAUGGCGCGCGUGCACACACACACACACACACACGUUAAGUAUAUGAUAUAUUAUACAUUUGGUGGCCGAAAAAGAGGAUAUUGCAUUUUCACAUUGAAAAGAGUACUUUGCUUUUUUGAUGGUAUUUACUUUAGGAUUCUUUUAAUAAUAAUGUCCUAAUGCUUUAGGUAUAUGUGAUUUAAUUGUACAAAUUGGUUUACAUAGAACUUUUCUGGAAUACUUCUCUUUAUGUAAGAUGAAGUACAAUUAUAUAAUUUAGUUACUAUUGUAGAUAAAUUCAAGUAGUGACUUAACAAUUUCAUGAAAUGCUUUCACAUAUGUUAUUUCAUUUGAACCUUAUAGUCAGGUUCUGAAAUAGAAAGGAUAUGCUGUAUUCCCAUUUUAGAGAAAAGAAUCUGAGGUUAAGAUAAAAGGACUCAUUUAAGCUCAUGUGGUCCAUAAGUGCUACAGAGCUAUAAGUAGAGAAAGAAGAAAGCUAGCAUUAAUGAAUGCUUAUUGUGUGCCAGGCACUACAUUCUUUCAUUUAACCUUAACCCAGUCUGAGAAGUAGGUAGGGUAAUUCUUAUGAAGAAAUAGUCUCAGUGGGUGAACAAAAACAAAACAAAACUACCCUGCUGCCUCUAAUUUCUAAAAAUACAAGAAAUUUUAAAAUAGUGAAAACCUCAUGGAUUUGGGCAAACUGAAUGUAUAUAAGCUUUUGAAGUUGACACAAAAAGUAUAAAGUGAGGCCUACUCUUUUCAGUCAAACUUUUAUAUUUAAUUUAGAGUAUUUUGGACAAAUACUCAAUAACUCUAAAAUCCAUUUGUUUUGUAACUAUACUUAAAAAUUUUGAAUCUUGCGACUAAGUUUAGCCUCAUUCAGAUUUUUUUUAUUUUAUGAGCAUAAUUUAUUGUUUUAAAUUAAUUUUUAGCAGAUAGCAGUUAGCACUUAAUCUAGAAAUUGAAUAAUCUAUCAAGUGCAGAAAUUUGUUAAUCAUUUUGACUUACAUGCACCAAAGAUUUUUAGUAGUUAUUAGUUUAAAAGAAUUUAAAAUCUUUGUUGUUUGAAUAAAUAUUUGUCCAAAGAAGCACAGUUGAAGUCCUAGAAUAAUGGAUUUUUUAAAAAGAAUUGUUAGCUUGAAUACUGAAAUUAAGAAUUAAGUGUUUGUGUUUCUAUAUAUAAAAAUAAGAACAGAAUACUCUGGGAAUAGUCAUACUGAUAAACCAAUUACAAGUUGAGUACUCAGUUUUUCUCAGUUUAAUGAAUUAAUAUCUUUUAGUGAACACUAUUAAAUGCUAAAUAAUAAGCUUAUUUUUUACACUACACUAUCAAAAUAAUUUUUGCCUUAGAAAUUUUUUUAAGUCACGUUGAGAUUAUUUUUGUAAGAAACCCCACCUAUUUUUUGCAGCCUAAAAUACCAUUUAAAGUUAGGGUUUGGUCCUUAUGCCAGCAAGACUUAACCAACAACUGUAAAGGUAGUGGUCUUUGCAUACAUUUAAAUAAUUUAAACAUUUAUUGCUGGAAGAAGAAGAGUAGCAAAAAUAGGGUUUUUAAUUGGUGCUUUAUUAAAUGACUUCCUUUUAAGUGACAGUAGGUCAUGAGACAGGUACACUAAAAAUUUUCUAUCAGACUUAAAAAGUAUCCAAACAUCUUUGUAGUAUAACUAUGAAGUAUUUUUUAAGGGCUAAUAAGUAAUUAUUAUCAUUUGUUGCUUUUUACUCUAUAAUUGCAAACACAUUAAAAAUACAGGUAAACUGGUAUAUUUAUAUAUAAAUUUGAAGUUCCUUCCAGCCAUCUCACUCUGUUGUAUCAUUGAUGAAAAGUCAACUUUGACAGAUUUUGAGCAUUAGCUCUUACUGUCCUUUCAUAGCCAGUCUUUCUGAAUUGAAUGCUUUGUGCCUUUCAAAUGUGUUGUAUUUGGUUAGAGAUGAUUUUACUGGCUAAAUUAUACUAGUUAAUAAUUUUUUUUAAAAUGGGUCUUAUGUUUGUGUUGCCUGCUGGUUGGGCAACUUAUUUUUAGGUUUCUUUAUGUUUGUAAAGCAAAUGGGCACCAAGUACUAGUGUGAACAUUUGUUUUUAUUUAUAAUUUAAAAAAUCUCUAUUGUGGCCUUUAUAGUUACUGUGAAGCCACUCCUGGGCCUGCCUCUAGAUGAUUAGUAGAAGAAUCUGACAAAGUAAGAGUAGUGUAUCUGCACCUCUGUCUCUCUGUCUCUCUUUUGUUAAUAAACAGUUAUGUAACCAUAACCACACAGUUCUGCACUGAACGACUUCUUUUUUCAGUUUGCCUAAAACUGAACAAGAGGUGAUGGUUUGAGGUGAGUUUCUCAUUAGCAGCAGCAACAUCCCAACCAACCUAUUACUAUAACUUGAGUUGAUGGACUCAGGAAAAAUUAGGACUUUCAGACAAAGUUGUAUUUGGAUAUUGUAAGAUUCAGUGCCAAAUUGUAAAAAGACUAAAAAUGUAUUCUUCAGUAAGGAACAAGUAGCAUUUCUAAAACUUUAAGCAGUGUUGUGGUCAAUGUUACUUGCUGUUAGAAUGAAUAAUGGACAGUGUGAGAAUAAUUUUCUGAACAAUUUCUAGGAACUAGACAUUACUUCUUUAGACCCUGCCUUUUUGCACAUCUCUCUCGCUAUAGUCUGUAGUGUUUUUCUUGGGGUGUGCCCUCUUUAUUUUCUCUGAAAUUAUUUUGACUUAAGAUACUUUCUCUGAAAUUAUUUUGACUUAAGAUACUCUUAUAAUAUUAACAUGCUUUCUACUUUUCAGCAUUAAUGUGAUAGAAGUAAUAGGACUAAGUUAUAUGGAAGAUGUGAGAAAGAAGGUUUUGGUAGAGAGAGUGCUUACGUUUUGCUUACUCUUCAGGUACCAACUUGCUGUGUAUUGUUCUUAAGUCUGCGAUUCUUGAAAGAGCCCAAAACAACUUAAAUUUAGCCUUUGCAGCCAGAUAUAUAAAAAAAAAUUAAGGAUUAUGUUUAGAGAAUAGAGGUUAUAAAAAGAAUAAAACCUCUUCCCCCCCCCAAAUUCUUAAAGACAGGUAGUAUCAGUACUCACAUUGCUGUUGAAAAUUCUAAAACAUUUAUUUAAUAAAGAGCAUGUACACGCCUAAUUGUUAUUGCACCUCUUUGCUUGGUAUUUCUGCUUGCAUUAAAGUUGGACAAUGUGUGCUAUGGUGUAAUUAUAACAUUUUUAUUCCUUCCAACAAUCAGACUCUUCGUAUCCCUAUACAUAAGCCUAUAUUACAGUUGAUGAGUGUGGCUGCCAAAAAGUGAUACAAAGUUGGGCAUUUUGCUACUCCAUGUUGUGUAGUAAAUGUUCUGAUUAAGGGGAAUUAUGAUGUACAUUAAAGUAGAAAUGCGUUUGAAUUUGUUUUCAGUCUCAAAUCAUAAUUUGGGUUUUUAAUUAAGGAUACUGUUUAAAACAAGUACAAAGAAAAAUCUAAAAUAACGAAAUUCAUUAUUGUCAACUGUGUGUAAAGUAUCUUGUGAGUUUUAUAGAUAUUUUGGUUGUCUCAUGUUUCUUAAGUAAAAUGUCUUUAUAGAAAAAUACAGUUCUCUGUGAAGAAUAGGAAGUGUAUUGUAUAUUGAAUAGUACUUUGUGUUAUUUUGAUAUUUAAAAUAAAUAUAAAGUUCUGUGAUCCUAA